AUGGCUUCGUCCACUACCAGCCAUUGCUUACUCGUGGCGCUCUUCCUUCUCUCCUCCGCCGCCAACAGUCAGCUCACGCCGUCGUUCUACGCCUCGAGCUGCCCGGCGCUGGAGUACGUCGUGAGCUCCGCCGUGAAUGAGGCCAUCGCCGCCGACCGCCGCAUGGGCGCCUCCCUCCUUAGGCUCUUCUUCCACGACUGCUUCGUUCAAGGAUGCGACGCCUCGAUUCUUCUGGACGAUGUGGGGAGCUUCGUCGGCGAGAAAACCGCCUUUCCGAAUGUGAACUCCGUCCGCGGCUACGACGUUAUCAACAAGAUCAAGAUUGACGUCGAGGCCAACUGCUCUGGCGUCGUCUCGUGCGCCGACAUCGUUGCCCUCGCCGCGAGGGACGGCACCGUCCUGCUCGGGGGGCCAAACUGGGAUGUGCCUCUCGGCCGGCGCGACUCGACGACGGCGAACCUGACCCAGGCAAACAGCGACCUCCCGUCGCCAGGCUCCGACCUGAGCACGCUCGUCACAGCAUUCGGCAACAAGGGCCUGAGCCCGCGCGACCUGACGGCGCUCUCCGGCGCGCACACCAUCGGCUUCGCGCAGUGCAACAACUUCCGCGACCGCAUCUACAACGACUCCGACAUCGACACGGCCUUCGCGGAGCAGCUCCAGGCCAACUGCUCCUCCGCGUCAGGCUCUACGAACGGCAACCUGGCAGCGCUGGACGAGCAGACGCAGCUGGUCUUCGACAACGCGUUCUACGCGAACCUGGCCGCCAGGCGCGGCCUGCUGCACUCGGACCAGGAGCUCUUCAACGGCGGCUCGCAGGACGCGCUGGUGCAGGACUACAGCGCGGACAACGCCCUCUUCUUCGCCGACUUUGCGGCGGCGAUGAUAAACUUGGGGAACAUCAGCCCGCUCACCGGAACCGACGGCCAGAUCAGAGCUAACUGCAGUGUGGUUAAUUAG